AUGAAGAAACUUGAGCAGUCUUCCAAUGAUGAAUCUAAUAGCAAUGUUACCGCAGUAGUUGAAUUUCAUCCCCCGGUCGAUAAAGGAAGUCUAGAAUACAUUGUUAAAUCAGGUAUUGCUGGUGGUGUAGCCGGGUCAUGUGCAAAAACUCUAAUUGCACCUUUAGACCGUAUCAAAAUCCUUUUCCAGACGUCUAACCCACAUUAUAAGAGGUAUGCUGGUUCUAUGAGUGGUAUGGUCCUGGCCGGAAAGGAAAUUUUAAUUAAUGAUGGUUUUCGGGGCUUUUUCCAGGGUCACUCAGCUACUCUUGUCAGGAUUUUCCCUUAUGCUGCCAUUAAAUUUAUUGCAUACGAACAAAUUCGGUCGUUUAUUAUUCCAUCAUAUCAUUAUGAAUCGCAUUGGCGGAGAUUGCUUAGCGGUUCGCUAUCCGGCCUAUGUUCUAUAUUUGUUACCUAUCCCUUGGAUGUUAUUCGUGUAAGAAUGGCUUAUGAGACAAAGCGGUCCAAUGUUAGCAUUAUUAAAAUACUAAAAGAUAUUUACUCAGGUCCUAUCAGUGAAAAACUAGCAUCCAAACCAUACGUCCCAAAAUGGUUCCCCCAUUGGUGUAAUUUUUAUCGUGGAUAUACCCCAUCUGUAAUUGGCAUGAUACCGUACGCUGGGGUAUCAUUCUUUGCUCAUGACUUAUUCCAUGACAUUCUCAGAUGUCCUAUGUUAUCACAGUAUUCUGUAUUACCUGAGGGCCGGGAUAACCCAUAUGAUCGAUCUAUUCCAUUAAAAAGUUGGGCCCAGUUAGUUGCUGGUGGGUUAGCUGGUAUAGCCUCGCAAACAGCAGCAUAUCCAUUUGAAAUCAUCAGGCGUCGACUACAAGUUGCCACGCUUUCCAGUUCAUCACAAGGACAGUUUCUAGGUAUAAAUGAAAUAGCAAAAAUAAUUUACAAAGAGAGCGGCUGGCGUGGAUUCUUUGUUGGAUUAAGCAUUGGUUAUCUGAAGGUCACACCAAUGGUAGCAUGCUCUUUUUACGUUUACGAAAGAAUGAAAUGGUAUUUACAAAUAUGA